AUGGCGAAUUCACCACCGGCGCUGCUCGCUGGAUUGCUCCUCGUCGCAGCCUGUUUCCUCAUCGUCGUGCUCCUCCUCACAACCUUGCAGGACACCACGAUCGAUCAUCCGUCUCGAUCUCUAUCAAAAUCGUCCAAGCAUGACGCAGCAGCAGCAGACCGUCCAGCUCCCCUGAUCAUAGCCUCGGCACACUCCGACCUCUACUCGAGGAUGCGGAUGCUCAAGUCCCUCAAGCAAGCACCACCCGAGCCGCUCAAGUUCCUCCUGGUCACCGCCGAUCAGCCGACUUCGUGCAAGACCAGGCAAGGCUCGCACCUCCUCAUGAUGUCGCUCAAGAACAAGGUAGACUACUGCAACUUACACCAGUGCAAGGUGUGGUACAGCCUCGAGUCGUGGCAGCCGGGCUUCACUGGAACCUGGGCUCGCUAUCCGCUGCUCAAGAGGCUCAUGCUCGUCAACUCCCACGUCGAGUGGUUCAUGUGGAUGGACUCGGACGCGCUCUUCACCGAUAUGUCGUUCGUGAUCCCGCUGGAAACUUACGAGAGCUGGAACAAGGACAUGAUCAUUCCUGGAUACUGGGAAAAGGUUUAUGGUGACGAUCCGGACUGGCUGGGCCUCAAUGCCGGGAUCUUCCUCAUCAGAAACACCGAGUGGUCUCGCAACUUCCUGGACAAGUGGAUGAGCUUCCGGCCGGAUUCACCGCAGCGCAGGCACCAUCUCACGGAGAUCUUGAACAGGGAGUUCAGGACGCGUCCGAGGAACUGGCCCGCGGACGAUCAGAGCGCGCUGGCGUAUCUCCUAAGACGAAACAAGACGGAGCACGAGAGGAGGACGUACUUGGAGGCCGGGUACGCUCUCCACGGCUUCUGGGAGGUGAUCGUCGACGGCUUCGAGGAGAUGGCGGCCAGAGGCAACGUGGGCGAUCGCCAAAAGUGGCCAUUCGUCACGCACUUCUGCGGCUGCAAGCUCUGCACCGGGGAGUACGCGACGUCGCAGUCGGCGCGGUGCGUGGAGAGCUUCAGGCGAGCGUAUAACUUUGGCGAUAACCAGGUGCUGGCUCUCGCUGGAAUGGCGCAUCCGGACUUGUCCAGCCUCGAGGUGGUGGAGUCGUCUGCUUUGUUGUAG